UUAGAGUGAAAAACACUUUUAUAUAAGAUUAAACUUUAAGUAUGAUCAUUCAGAAUACGAUGAUAUUAAAAUGUCACUUAGUUUUCUUCAUUGUGAACAAACUAUUUGCUACCGGAGAGUGGGUAGAGUUGCCGCAGUUCUCCGACGAAACGAAGGUUUACAAAUUAUCGGGAUACCGGCAUGGUACAUUGAAUAAUAAAGUAUCAAGCAACGAUCACAGUACUGUGUCAGACUACAAUUUUGCAAUUGCAAAUAACUUAAAUGACUUUGGAAAUACACAUGGAAACAUUAGUGUAGUGAUUGUUUCACAUGACUCCAAAGAUCCUGAACACCACGCCGAAUUGAUCACAACAAAUCCUUCAAACUUCUCCAACCAGUCGUCAUUGCACAUCUACAAUAAUGAUGAUCGCAAUCAUGAUCCAGUGGAUGCAGCCACACAAAAUAUAGACAUAAUCUCUAGUUUAAAAGAAGUUGUACACAGCGAUGUGGUGACAUCUACUCCAAUGGGACACUUGACUGUGGAAUCACCAACUGAAAGACUCGACGAUCCGACAACAGCAAUGCCAAUAUUACAAUUCUCAACUACCGGAGAGCCUCAUUCUGAUAAAAUAUCAUGCAAUAAUCAGACACUGGAAGAUUAUUUGCCAAUGGAAAUGCUGAGGAAGGUUCAUCAAACUUUAAAAUCUCAACCGUCAACUAUGAAGGGAAAGAUUCGUUUCUUGAAACAGUUCAAGAAUGAUUUGAGAGCUGAAAUUGAGGCACGACUCAUCGCUGCUUUAGCUCCAGCUAGGCGAACCAGAGGUGCUCAUGACUAUUGGGACAAUGAAGAAGAAAUUGGUUUUCCAUCUCUGGAAGGAGCUUUAAUGGCAAUAUCAUUUUUAACUUUUGCUGUUUACCUAAUACAGCUAGUUAUGCUGUUAUUCCGCAAUACCAAUAAUCCGGCGAACGGUGCAACCAUUUUCUUUGGAAGAAACCGACGAUCGACAGUGGACUCGCUUACUAAUAAAACAGAUGAGAUUCUAUACUACUUAGACACAUUCGAUACAGAAUAGUGAUUACAGACAGUUAUAAUUCAUUCAAUGUAGUAGGUGUAUAAUUCAAGAUCAUUAGAUUCGGUGCAAUCCAGGCAA